AUGAACAGGAGUCUCGUCUUGGGCGCCUCAACUGUCAUCGUCGUGCUUGGUCUCUAUCUCUGUCGCCGCCAGUUGCGCUCUUGGUUUUGUCCGAAGCGUGCUCUUCCGUUUUUUCCAGCUACAUCCGAUGCCAAGGCUCAGAGCUACGGCUCUCUGUCGGCAAUGGAAAAUGUUUAG